AUGCCGCUCUUCACGUCCUCCGCGGACUCCAAACCCCCCCAGCUACCAGUAAGCCCGCUCGCUGUCUCCAGGCCCGACGCGACCCUGCCGUCAUGCCCCGCCGCCGGUGGUGCCGUCGCUUACCUCCAGAAUGAACAGCAGCCCGCCCCCGCCGCACAGUCGUCCAUCAGCCCCGCCGUCAUCCCGCCCGCCUGUGCGCAGAUCACCGACCACUCGGGUAGGUCACUUCUGCUCGAGCUCGAAGAUGGCACCAUCUACCACGGCCUCAGCUUCGGCGCCGAAAAGAGCGUCGCCGGAGAGCUGGUCUUCCAGACCGGCAUGGUAGGUUAUCCCGAGUCGAUCACAGACCCCUCCUACCGCGGCCAGAUCUUGGUCAUCACCUUCCCCCUGGUCGGGAACUAUGGCGUGCCAUCCCGUGAGGCCAUGGACGAGCUGGCCAAAGACAUCCCAAAGCAUUUCGAAUCCAGUCAGAUCCACAUUGCCGGCCUCGUAGUAGCCAGCUACUGCGGAGAAGAGUACUCCCACUUCUUAGCCCAGAGCUCACUCGGGCAAUGGCUGAAAGAGCAAGGCGUGCCCGCGGUCUGCGGCGUGGACACGCGAGCCCUUACCAAGCGCAUUCGUGAAAAGGGAAGCAUGCUUGGUCGCAUGCUGCUCCAAAAGUCCACUAGUGCCCAUGAUCUAGUCAACGAUAUCCCUAAAGUUGCCGGAGAAGAAGAUACUAGCAAAUGGCAGGAGUUUUUUGCUAGUGUUGAAUGGGUGGAUCCAAACAAGAGGAACCUCGUCGACGAGGUGUCGAUCAAAAAACCUCAUCUUUACUCCCCACCAAAAAACACCCUACUCCACCCUUCUGGCCGCCCUGUCCGCAUUCUAUGCGUUGAUGUUGGCAUGAAGUACAACCAAUUAAGGUGUUUUCUUGCCCGUGGUGUCGAAGUCCUUGUUGUUCCUUGGAAUUACGACUUCCACUCGCUAGCAGGAAAAGACUACGAUGGCCUCUUUGUCUCCAAUGGGCCCGGUGAUCCCGCCAUGCUUUCUGUCACCGUGAAAAACCUUGAAAAGGCCCUAAGUGAAUGCCGCACCCCUGUCUUUGGCAUCUGUCUCGGUCAUCAGCUUCUAUCACGAGCAGCUGGUGCGGGAACCAUCAAGAUGAAGUUCGGUAAUCGAGGUCAUAACAUUCCUUGCACAAGCAUGCUUUCCGGAAGGUGCUAUAUCACUUCCCAGAACCACGGCUAUGCGGUGGACUCGUCAACCUUGCCCGAGGGUUGGGAAGAAUUAUUUGUCAAUGCUAAUGAUGGAAGCAAUGAGGGCAUUAGGCAUGUUUCUAAGCCUUUCUUCAGUGUUCAGUUUCACCCUGAGAGCACACCGGGCCCCCGAGAUACAGAAUUCCUUUUUGACGUUUUUAUUAAUACAGUCAAAAAGAGCCUUGAUUCUCCUUCUGCUCUUAAUGAACCAGUUAAAUUUCCGGGCGGCACGCUGGAAGAAAACCGGGCGGCUCAUCCCCGAGUUUUUGCCAAGAAAGUGCUCAUCCUAGGCAGCGGUGGCCUUAGCAUUGGCCAAGCCGGAGAAUUCGACUAUUCUGGUAGCCAAGCUAUCAAAGCUCUCAAACAAGAGGGAAUCUACACCAUUUUAAUCAACCCUAACAUUGCGACCAUUCAGACCUCCAAAGGUCUUGCUGAUAAGGUCUACUUCUUACCUGUCAAUGCCGACUUUGUGCGAAAGGUCAUCAAGCAUGAACGCCCGGAUGCUAUUUACGUCACCUUUGGUGGUCAGACUGCUCUUCAAGUUGGUAUUCAACUGAAAGACGAAUUUGAAGGCCUUGGUGUAAAGGUUCUCGGUACUCCCAUUGAAACUAUUAUUACCACAGAAGACCGUGAGCUCUUUGCCAGAAGCAUGGAGUCCAUCGGGGAAAAGUGCGCGAAGUCCGCGUCGGCAUCUACCAUCGACGAAGCUAUGCAGGUAGUUAAGAACAUCGGUUUCCCCGUCAUUGUUCGUGCUGCAUAUGCUCUUGGUGGCCUUGGAAGUGGGUUUGCAGACAACGCUGAACAACUUCGAGAGCUCUGCUCUAAAGCAUUUGCCGCCAGCCCUCAAGUACUUAUUGAGAAAAGUAUGAAAGGAUGGAAGGAAAUCGAAUACGAAGUUGUUCGUGAUGCCCAGGACAACUGCAUCACAGUUUGCAACAUGGAGAAUUUUGAUCCACUUGGAAUUCACACUGGUGACUCAAUUGUUGUCGCCCCAUCCCAAACCCUUUCAGACGAGGACUACAAUAUGCUCCGAACCACUGCUGUCAAUGUGAUUCGGCAUCUUGGUGUUGUUGGUGAAUGUAACAUCCAGUAUGCUCUCAACCCAUUUUCAAAGGAGUAUUGCAUCAUUGAAGUCAAUGCUCGUUUGUCGAGAUCUUCUGCUCUUGCUUCCAAAGCAACCGGUUACCCAUUGGCCUUCAUUGCCGCUAAACUGGGUCUUGGUAUCCCACUGAAUGAAAUUUCUAACAGUGUCACUAAAGUUACUUGUGCUUGCUUCGAGCCGUCCCUCGAUUAUGUCGUGGUCAAAAUUCCUCGCUGGGACUUGAAGAAAUUCACACGCGUCUCAACUCAACUGGGCUCCUCCAUGAAGAGCGUUGGAGAAGUAAUGAGCAUUGGCAGGACAUUUGAAGAGGCCAUACAAAAGGCUAUUCGAGCCGUCGACUACAACAAUCUAGGUUUCAAUGCCACCAAUGCUCUGAUGUCCAUCAAGACUGAGCUGCAGACUCCUUCAGAUCAGCGCCUGUUUGCUAUUGCGAACGCCAUGCAAUCUGGCUAUACUGUUGACGAAAUCUGGGAGCUCACAAAGAUUGAUAAGUGGUUCUUGCGAAAACUCGAGGGUCUCAGCAGGUUUGGAAAAUUGAUUAGCAAUUACUCCACAUCAACGGUUCCUAUUCCUCUUGUCCGCCAGGCUAAGCAACUGGGUUUCUCUGAUCGACAGCUGUCAAAAUUUCUUAGCUCUAAUGAACUUGCAAUUCGCCGACUUCGUGUUGAAGCUGCCAUAAUGCCUGUUGUCAAACAGAUUGAUACCGUUGCCGCUGAGUUCCCAGCCUAUACCAACUAUCUCUAUCUCACCUACAACGGCUCAGAAAGUGACAUUUCGUUUGAGGAUAAGGGUGUUAUGGUUCUAGGUUCUGGCGUUUACCGAAUUGGUUCUUCUGUCGAAUUCGAUUGGUGUUCCGUGAGAGCGAUCCGCACACUGAGACAGCAGGGAUACAAAACGGUAAUGGUUAACUACAACCCAGAGACUGUUAGUACCGACUAUGAUGAAGCAGACCGACUGUACUUUGAGAAUAUCACUUUGGAGACGGUUCUGGACAUCUACCAGCUGGAGUCUUCCAGUGGAGUGAUAAUUUCUAUGGGUGGUCAAACUCCAAAUAAUAUCGCGCUACCGUUACACCGUUUGAAUGUUAACAUACUGGGCACGUCUCCCGAGAUGAUUGACGCCGCAGAGAAUCGUUACAAGUUCUCUCGAAUGCUUGAUCGUAUCGGUGUGGACCAACCUGCCUGGAAAGAACUUACAAGCAUUGAAGAGGCCACCGCAUUCUGUGAUAAAGUCAAAUAUCCGGUGCUUGUCCGACCAUCCUACGUUCUCUCUGGUGCUGCAAUGAACACUGUUUAUUCCCAGGAUGACCUGGCCAACUACCUGAACCAAGCCGCUGAAGUCUCAAGAGAUCAUCCGGUUGUCAUCACCAAGUAUAUCGAAAAUGCCAAAGAAAUCGAAAUGGAUGCUGUUGCGAAAAACGGUGUUAUGGUUGGCCAUUUUAUCUCUGAGCAUGUUGAAAAUGCCGGUGUUCACUCCGGUGAUGCAACGUUGAUCUUGCCGCCACAGGAUUUGGAUCCAGAAACGGUCCGCCGUAUAGAGGAAGCAACACAGAAAAUUGGAAACGCUCUUGAUGUGACUGGUCCUUUCAAUAUACAAUUUAUUGCAAAGGAUAACGAGAUCAAGGUCAUCGAAUGUAACGUGCGAGCCUCGCGAUCUUUCCCAUUCGUCUCGAAAGUAAUGAACGUGGAUUUGAUUGAGAUGGCUACCAUGGCGAUGAUUGGCAAACCAUUUGUCGAAUAUCCACCCGUUAAUAUACCCAAGAAUUACGUUGGCGUGAAAGUUCCUCAAUUCUCGUUUUCUCGGUUGUCCGGAGCUGACCCAGUUCUUGGUGUUGAGAUGGCCUCUACUGGUGAAGUGGCUUGUUUUGGUCGCGAUCGUUACGAGGCAUAUAUCAAGGCUCUUAUUUCAACAGGGUUCAAACUUCCCAACAAAAAUAUUCUCGUUUCGAUCGGUUCUUAUAAGGAGAAGAUGGAGAUGCUCCCGUCGAUUACCAAACUUCAUCAAAUGGGUUAUAAUCUUUUUGCAACUGCUGGUACUGCCGACUUUCUUCGUGAACACGGAAUCCCUGUCAAGUAUCUUGAACUCUUGGCUGGCGAAGAGGAAGAUUUGAAAUCGGAAUACUCUCUUACUCAGCAUCUUGCCAACAAUCUGAUUGACCUUUAUAUAAAUCUUCCCUCAAGCAACAAAUUCCGAAGGCCUGCAAGUUAUAUGAGCAAGGGUUACCGCACCCGUCGUAUGGCUGUUGACUACCAGACUCCACUUGUCACAAAUGUCAAAAAUGCGAAGAUCCUUAUUGAGGCCAUUGCUCGCCAGUAUGAAAUGGCCGUUCAGCCCAUCGACUUCCAGACUAGCCAUCGGACUGUGGUUCUCCCUGGUUUAAUUAACAUUGCUGCCUUUGUGCCCGGUGUCGCGAACGUCGGCUCGUCGGACCUCCAGGCUGUUUCUAAAGCAUCUAUCUCUGCUGGAUUUUCAAUGAUCCGUGUUAUGCCCGUUGGUGUCGACAGCUUUGUUACUGAUGCCCGUGCCCUGAAGAUUGCGCAGCAGAACUCCCAACAGGGCACCUACUGUGACUACAACUUUUCCGUUGCCGCUACAACAACCAACGCUGACCAAAUAAGCCAAAUAACCGCGUCUGUCGGCUCCUUGUUCAUUCCAUUCAAUCAUCUUGCCGGAAAUAUCAACAAGGUUGCUACUGUCACCUCACACUUUGCUUCUUGGCCUUCAAGCAAACCCAUUAUCACAGAUGCCAAGGCAACUGAUCUUGCGUCAAUCCUGCUCCUUGCUAGCCUCCACAAUCGGAACAUUCAUGUUAUGAGUGUUACGUCAAAAGACGACAUUGGCUUGAUUGCUUUGAGCAAGGAGAAAGGAUUGAGUGUCACUUGCGAUGUCUCAGUCUAUUCGCUAUUCUUGUCAACUGAAGAGUUUCCACAGUGCGCCCAUUUGCCAUCGAAGAAAGAUCAAAAGGCUCUUUGGGAGCAUUUGAACACAAUUGAUAUUUUCUGUGUUGGAAGCUUGCCUUAUCAUAUCGCAUGCAAGAAAGCUAGUCCGGAAGUUGGAAUAGCUGAUGCCCUUCCCCUCCUCCUUACCGCAGUUUCUGAGGGUCGUUUGACUCUCGAUGAUAUUACUUCUCGUUUAUAUGACAACCCGAAAAGGAUUUUCGAGCUUCAUGACCAAGCCGAUAGUUCUGUCGAAAUCGAGCUAGAUCGUCCAUAUGUGUUUGAGAGUCAGGGAACCUGGUCUCCAUUCAACGGUAAGACCUUGCGAGGAUCAGUUCAACGUGUUACCUUCCAAGGUAAAACAUCUUGCCUUGAUGGUGAGGUUUGCAACGACGCAGCUCGCGGAGUAGACAUGUCUGAGCAUCGGGCCGCGCCUCCAGCAUCUCCAGAAAUUCCCAAAUCCCCUCGUCGUGAUAUUUCUAUGGGACGGCGUCUUUCUUUCUCCACUACGCCGGUUGCUCGUCCAUCUCGUCACCGACACAUGGACGCUAUCACAUCGCCGGCGAAUGAAUUGGGCCCGCCUCUAUACUCCCAAACUCUGAGUGCCUCGACUACAUCGCCUUCUCUCAUGGAGCUCCUGGCUCGUUCAUCCUUUAAGCAGAAACACGUCUUGUCGGUGAACCAAUUUAAUCGAGCUGAUCUUCACCUCCUGUUUACUGUUGCACAGGAAAUGCGGUUGGGUGUUCAACGGCAAGGUGUUCUCGACAUUCUCAAAGGACGGGUGCUCGCAACCCUCUUUUAUGAGCCAUCUACACGAACUUCCGCCUCUUUUGAUGCUGCCAUGCAGCGUCUCGGUGGCCGAACCGUCGCUGUAUCUACGGAUCAAUCCUCCACCCAAAAGGGCGAAUCUCUCCAAGAUACGAUUCGCACUCUGGGCUGUUACGCCGAUGCGAUUGUUCUUCGCCAUCCUCUUGAGAGCAGUGCUGCUACAGCUGCAAAGUUCUCCCCUGUACCCAUUCUUAAUGGUGGCAACGGAAGCAUGGAGCACCCAACCCAAGCAUUCCUCGAUCUGUUCACCAUCCGUGAAGAGUUGGGCACUGUUAGCGGAAUCACUGUUACAUUCAUUGGAGAUUUGCGCUAUGGCCGUACUGUGCACUCUCUGAUCAAGCUUCUCCAGUUUUACGAGGUUCGUGUGCAGCUCGUGUCUCCUGCGGCGCUUGCUCUCCCGGAAGAUGUCCGUCAACACCUUCUGGCGUCUGGCCAACUUAUCAUGGAAAGAAACCAAUUGACGCCCGAGAUUGUUGCUCAAUCAGAUGUACUUUACUGCACGCGUGUCCAGAAAGAGCGUUUUGAGGAUUUGAAGGAAUAUGAACGGUUGAAGGACAGCUUCAUUGUGGAUAAUUCGGUAUUGAAGCAUGCAAAGAGCCAGAUGAUCGUAAUGCACCCGUUGCCCAGAAAUGCGGAAGUUGGUGAAGAGGUGGACUUUGACCAGCGAGCUGCAUAUUUUAGACAGAUGAGAUACGGUCUGUACUGUCGCAUGGCAUUGCUAGCGCUGGUGAUGGCUCCUUGA